GAACGCGGCAAAUUGUAUUGAAUUUAGAAGGCAGGGGCCGAAGCGCUCGGUAUUGAAGACGAGUUAACUUCUGCCAUGGCUUGGCAAUUUUACUGCCCCAGACACUAUGGGUUAACCAUGAACGCAGUUAAUGAUUUUGUGCAACAACUUUCGUUUGUGGAUGUGAAACUUGUAUGCAAGAACAAAAAGACUGUGUAUUCCCACAAGUUAAUACUGGCUUCAGCUAGCCCGUUUCUAAAGGCUGUUAUUGAAGAAAUGAACAAUUCCGAUGAUAUGGCUACCUUGUUUUUACCUGAUUUCGAUUAUAAUAUUGUUUCUCUGUUGCUGACGUUCCUCUGCGAAGGUAUUAUGAAACUUACAUGGGAAGAACUAGGAGAAUUCCGGGAGCUUUGUAAUGGGCUAGGUAUGAAUUUCCCUGGUGCCGACGUGGUAAAGGUAUUAAAUGAGUCUCAUUACUCGCAAACGUCGCAAGCAACUGACAUCGAAGCAAACCCAAUCGCAAAUACAGAACGCGGAAUACGUACUUCGUCUUCGCUCGUGUCUUCCAGAGAAGCUUUCCAUACACCAGCAAAGAUACCUGAUACAAGCAGUGCCUUUGCAUCCAUAGUACCAAAGAUAGAAGACUGUGAAGACUGUCAAAAUAUUCAACUGACGCAGCCUGUACCUAGUAAUGAUAGUCAAAACGCAGUGCAGAAUCUGGAUGUUAGGAAUAUACAGCAUAGUCUUACUGAUAGUGAUUAUUCUCAAACAGAGGAACAUACACAGAUGAGUUUGGAGACUAGUGAAAGUGUUAUGUAUUCUAAUGCCACAAGUAGUGGUGGCUCUUGGAGAAAAGUGAUGUGCUCACACAGUGAUACUCAUACAGAUUUAAAUGUGUGCCAUGCUAAAAGUUCAGUGCGAAAAUCGUCACAAAGUAAUGAAACAUCUCGCAUGCAUUCCUUGCCUUCAGUGCCAAUGUCUGUUGAACAAGAUAAUUUUCAUAGCAGCAACUCUCACUUUACUCAUCAAAAAUCAAGUACUCGCCAAAUUGUGAAACAGUCAAAAGCCACAGAACAAAGUGCAUAUCACCAAAUAAAGAAACAGUCAAAAGCAAAAACGAAAAAACUCCAUAGUGAGGCAGGUGUACAAAAGACGCAUUUAACACAGAUUUUGAAUUCAUCUUCUGUUCACAAGAAGCUGCCAGAACUACCAGGUGCCACUUCUCAUAACAUAAAACUAUCACCACAUGUGAAAAGUAGCAGUAGACCGAGUAACUCAAAAGGCCAUAGUAAAACACAAUCAGUUCAAAAAUCUGUACGUUUGAAGAAGAGAAAAAAUAGUGAGGGAACUGGGAGUCUGCAACAAAAUUUGCUAAAUGUGCCACACUCACAUUCGUAGUUGCUGUAUUUACAUGAGAGACAACUGCUGGAAGAUGGAAACUGAACUUUGGAAAUAUUUUUGACUGGCAUGUUUAAAUGUUAAGACCAGAAGUUGCUGUUCUAGGCCAGUCAAAUAUCGAUUUCCUGAUUCUCAGUUUUUUUGACACCAGUGACCUCUGGAAAUCA